ACAACUUGAUCUGAAGGAUGUGCAAAGAGUGCAUGUGUAUGCCAGCACGUCUGUGUGUGUGUGUGUGUGUGUGUGUGUGUGUGUGGUUGGAUUGAAUGGAAACAGGGUCAGCGAGCGGAGGCUGGUUAUCAGAGCAGAGAGACAGAAGGCAGUUUGCUGUAGGCAGGGGAAGCAGUCACUCUCCCUCUCUCUUAACUUUACCGAACACUGGCAUCAACACUGCUAUCUCUAACACUCUGUCUGUCUGUCAUUCAUUUAGUGUCUUAUCCUAUCUUAAUCUUUUCAUCAUUUCAAGGUUUACCAUAUGGAGUCACGGCAUCAUGGGUAUCGUCCGUUCAAUCCAAGGUGAGGAGAUUUGAUUAUUUCUUAGUCUUUCUUAAGAUUUACUGGACGCUAUGUUGUCCCCACAAUAGUGUGUGUCAAUCCUGUUCUGAUAUUAUGCCCUUUGAUACACUCUCUUGUAUCCUCAUUCAUCAUUCUUUUUCUUUUUCUUUUAAUCUCUCCUUUGUUUUCUGUUUAUGUGACCUUUAAGUUGUUUUUCUUUUUCUUUAACCUCAUCUUGUACUGGUUUUAUUCCAUUUACAGUUCUCCUUGCUUUGUCUGCAGUUUGCUGCCGAACUCCUCGCUUAAUAAUCACCCUUUCCACAUUUUAUGCCUAGAUCGAGAAAUUGGUGCCUUCCAUUUUAAUUUAUGUGACACUAGGUCUUGACUACUUUUCAGUGUAGAUAAGACUUUUGGUAAUAUGGUGCUAUCGCCAUCUUUCUUACUGUGCGUUGCCUUCCAUACCUGCACUUUAGCUAAACAGUAAACAGCCUCUUCUUCUUCUGGAAAGAGAAUCACCACAGGUGCUUUGAGUAGUUUCUGCACUACUCAAGAGUUAUGUAAGGUGAUGUGAAAGACCUGAAGUUAUUUUCUCCAUUUGAGGUCCAUUCCAUCUGAAGCCUAUCCUGAGGAUGUAAAAACAAAUAUAACUGAAUGGGAAGGAAUUGAGAGAGAAACAUUAACGAGCAGUGACUAUGAGUCUAUUAAGAAACUGAGAUUUGCUUUAUUAGAAAGCCAGAAUACAGUAUAUAAUAUAAUGUAUCUAGGAUCCAAUCAUGAUAUAGUGUGCGUUUUGUUUUUGUUUUUUCAUUUGUUAAUCAAACAAAUUUUUUUUUUUUAAACUUAAUAAGUCUGGAAUAUUCAACCUGAUGGAAAUACAUCUGUACCGCUCUGAAAUCAUCUCCCUAUCUCUGCUUCCCUACCAUAGUCUUGCAAUGCCAUUCCUGGCCUGGAUGAAUUCCUCCCAUCAGGAAGGUGAGCAGGGUCCAAACUGUGCGACCUCCAUGGGCCCCAACCGGGUGUUACUCCAGGAGCUUCUAUGGCAAUUCGAGCAAAGACAGUGUCUGGCUCUGGAGGAAGAGCGCCAACGUUGCUCCCAUGGUGCUCUAGGAUAUCGCCGGCCUCUCACCCAGGACGGCUUGCUUGCCCUGAUACCAGCGUCCGAAUGCAGACUGCUAGAACGGCUCUGUGCCCGAAUUCCACCAUCACACAUAGCCACUGUACUCUUCAGGUUCCGUGAGAUUUUGGCUCACAAUUAUGUCGCUCCCUGGGAGCUCGUGUGCAUCUUCAAACAGGUGCUGAGGGACUUCCUGAGAAGGCAAGAAGAGGUGGGCUACAGGAGGUCUUUCCCUCCAGCCCCACUUCCUGUUUCGCCUUCUCCUGCAGACAUCGACACCCGUGACCGAAAGACUACAAUGUCAUCUUCUCUAGAAGGGCAAGAAAAGCAUCGAGAGGAGAUCCCAACAAUAUCCAGCUACGUGGACAGGCAUUUACAUAGUGCUUGUUCCUAUACUGUCCAAAGGGACUGUCUUCCCUACUUCCGCUCCUUUCCCUAUGACUAGCCUGAGGCCUACAG